AUGUCUGGUGCUAAUGGUGGGAAGAAAAAUGGGCCCGCUCCUCAGAGUGAAGACGAUGCUUACAAUUCCCUUUUCAGUGGUGACUUGGGUUCAUUUGACAUCAACAAAGUCAUUGGAAGUGAUGAUAUGAAGACACAACAUGCCGAUGAUGCCAUCGAUUUUGAAGACGAGGACGAACUUGCUGAUGAUGAAUUACCUGAGGAAGAAGAAUCUAGUAAUAAACAAAAUCUUCAGGGUGAUGAUAAUGAUGAUUUCAUGAAGGAGCUUGAAUCUGAGGCAAAGCCGAAUGACACAGAUUCUCAAUUCGAUAAACUCUUUGGUGAUAAUAUAGAUGAUGGUUUUGGCGGAAGCCAAGGGUUUGAAGAUACAGAUGCAAGUACGUUGAGGGCUAAGGAACAUAAAGAAAAAGAAGAUAGGAAGAAACUUGAGGAACAAAAAAGACUAGAGAAGAUCAAAGAACAGGAGGAUCGAGAACAACAAAAAUUUCAAGAAGGAUUAUUGAAAUUCUACUACCCAGCAUUUAAGAAAAACUCUAUACUACCAAUGAACUCAAUUUUUGGACCCAAGCCCAAGAAAUAUGAAUAUCAACAGCCUGGUGUUAUGAAGCCGCUUCUACCAACUAAGACCCAACUGGAAGUUGAUACAGACGAGAGAAGAAUCUUCAAAUCAACAUUGAGUCAUUCAACACAAACGGACGGAAAACGAAUAAUACCAGUAGAGGAGUAUGUGCUGGAUAAUCAAGUCACACAGAAAAAAACCAAGAUUGAGCUUGACGAAGAUUUGAUGCUGGCCACAUUUGAUUGGGAUUAUGACACUAUUGUUGGUGGAGAUGAACCUGAACCUAAAAUUAAAGCCAAAUCAGACAAUUUUAAUUUCGCAGAUGAAGAUAUUAAUGAUUAUGAUGAUGAUGAAAUUUUCGAUGGACAAUUGCAUACCAAAUUACAGUUAGAUAUGAAUGAUCCAAACUUGUUAUUCCUGGAUGAAAAAGACAGAAUUGUAAGGAAGCAACAAGUACCAACUAUACCAACAAAUGAGAAGCUACUUUUCUCAAAAUUCAACAUCUCCAAUGAUAACAAUUAUGAUUUAUUGAAAGAGAAUUAUCAUAGUAAAAUCAGAUCUACUAUUGGUAACUUGAAUAUUGAACAUUCUAUGCCUGCAAUUAGACUACAAUCACCAUACUACAAGGUUAAGUUAACUAAGGAUCAACUACGUAACUUCCAUAGAAAACAUUUCAGAGUUAGACCCGGUCAAGUUAUUCAAUUCUCUAAGUUAAAGGUUAGAAAAAGAAAGAAGGACAGGGGCAAAGAGAUUAAAGAGCUGUUCAACAAGACAACAGAUCUAACACUUGCUGAUACUGGUCAAACAUUAUUGAUGGAGCAUUCUGAACAGGUUCCUAUUGUAUUACCUAACUUUGGUAUGGGUAGUAAAUUGAUCAACUAUUAUAGAAAGAAGGAUGAGGAAGAUAUUUCAAGACCAAAGCUAUCUAUUGGUGAGACUCAUGUUUUAGGUGUUCAAGAUAAAUCCCCAUUUUGGAAUUUUGGUUUUGUCGAGCCUGGUAAUAUAGUACCAACUCUUUAUAAUAAACUUGUUAGAGCACCAGUUUUCAAACAUGAAGUUGCUAAUACUGAUUUCUUGUUAAUCAAAAGUACUGGUGGUGGUGUUUCUCAGAAAUAUUUUUUGAAAAAUAUAACACAUUUGUUUGCUGUUGGUCAAUUAUUUCCUGUCGUUGAUAUACCAGGCCCUCAUUCAAGAAAAGUCACCACAGCUAGCAAGAAUAGACUGAAAAUGAUUGUAUUCAGGGUUCUGAAAAGAAGUCCUGAAAGAAGAUUAUUGGUUAAAGAUAUUUCCGCCCAUUUCCCAGAUCAAAAUGACAUGCAAAAUAGACAAAGAUUAAAAGAAUUCAUGGAGUACCAAAGAUCUGGUGAAGAUCAAGGUUUUUGGAAAUUAAAGGAAGAUCUACCAAAUGAUAGAUUAAUCAGUCCUGAGGAUCUGACACUAUUGGAGGCAAUGCAAGUUGCCCAACAACAAAUGGAAGAUUUGGAAUUUUAUUCGAAUGAAGAAUUAAAUGAUGAAUUAGCAUUGUGGAAUUUGACCAAAAAUUUCAUUAAUGCAACUCAAGGUAAGGCAAUGUUACAAGUCCAUGGUGAUUUGGAAGGGAAAAGCUUUUCAUUUUUGAAAACUUCAAUGAAAGGUGGGUUUAAAAGCUUUGAAUCUAAUGGUCAUAGUUAUAAUGUUGCAUUACAACAAAAGGCUUAUGAUGAAGAAAUUUCUAAAACAUGGUAUGGUCAGCAAAAGAGAUUAUCUGAAAAAUCGUCACACAUUGAAGAACUUGGUGAUAGUGAAGAAGACCUAGGAAUGAACACCAAGAAAGAUCAACCUGUCAAGUUUUUGAAAAUCACAAGAAUGGUUAGAGAUAAAAAUGGUAUUUUACAAAGAAAACAUGAAAUUAUUAAAGAUGAAAAUGUUAUCAGAGCAUAUAUUAAACGUCGUGAAAAAUUAGAUGAGGAUAUAAUGCCUGAAGAUAUCACAGUCACCAAUGAUGAAGAAAAAAAUCAAAAGGCCAAAAAGUUAUUGGAAGAACAAUUGGCUAAGUUACAAAAGAACCAAGAACGUCGUAAUGCACGUAAGGCAAACAAAGAAAAUCUGGGUGGUAAGGGAAUUGGUAAAGGAAAGAGUACAACACGUAGAUGUGCUACUUGUGGUGCGAUUGGUCAUAUCAGAACUAACAAGUCAUGUCCAAUGUAUGAUGAAGCUAACCCAUGA